CAACUGUGAAUGCAACAUUACAUCCAGUGGGGGACCUCAAAUUCUUUGGUUGCAUGCAUGGGAACAUCCUACAGCCCAGGCCCCUUUCUUUUAUCUCCAUUCCACCUCUUCUUCUUUCCCAUCCCUUCCAACUUCUUCAACUCAACAGGAGAGUCCAUGGCAAUGGCUUCCACCUCCUUCCUCCUCUUCUACUUCCUCCUCUCCACCUUUCUCCUCUCCCCCUUUAGCCACCUCACAGGCUUCGAAGGACGAGUUACUACUGAUCACUCAAGCCUUCUUCCACUGCAUAAGGUAGAGAUGGCCAGUGGUGGCAUGACUAGUGGGGAGUUGAUAGGCUCCAUGGCUCCAAUCUGCACCUAUAAUGAAUGUAGAGGUUGCCGAUUCAAGUGCAGCGCUGAGCAGAUCCCUGUCGACGCCAGCGACCCCAUGAACAGUGCCUAUCGUUAUCAAUGUGUGUGUCACAGGUGAUCUUGUCAGGCACAGACUUACUGGAAUCACAAGUUUUGCAGCAAUUAGUAUUGUAGAUCUUAUUCAGAGUACUCCUGCUGUUCUUGUUAGCUCAUUCAUGUAGUUUACAGCCUGUGUGAAGUAUUAGUUUCCCAUGGAGGAUUUGAUUGAGAA